AUGAUGUCAUCCAGAAUACUCCCAAGAACACUGUUAUUGCAGUUUUGUCGUUUCAACUCGACAACUUCCUCUACCGGAUUGACCAAAGCGGAGUUGAAGACUAAUGUGGCCGCUCAGCAAGCCCCUAACAGAGAUGCUACCUGGUCUCAGAGCCAAGAAAGCAGAGCAGAGGUCAUUUCUAAACACCCAUACAGAUUCAUUCAAAAGGACUUGGCCAAGCAACCAAGACCGUACGCCGCUAUAGACUUAAUUGCUAAGGAACCAAUCAAGUUCUUGGCCCACGGGAAUGUAGCAGUUUGUGAUGGUAAUAGAGGAAGCACUUUGCAAGGACACCCAAAAGUUUUCAUUAACUUGGACCAACCAAAGGCAUCAACAUGUGGCUACUGCGGAUUAAGAUACGCCAAGGAAUCACACAGGGAUAUCAUUGAAGCCCAAUCAAGUUGA